UGACACGUGACACUGUCACAAAACCCUGCUCAUCGUGUGCCACGACGAGCAACAUCUUCUGACCGCUUCGGAAAUGAGUUCAGAAAGAUUUUCAGCGGUUCACGCCGCGGAUAUGGAGAUUCUCGUGCGACGAGGAAUGACCAAAGGAUACGAACUAUUUUCUCUACUCACUCCACCAGCAUACGUUGCUUUCGUGCUCAUGCGAAAAGGCAAAGCUCACUUCACCGUCAACCGCUUCCUUCGUGCGACAUGGGUAGGCGGUGCAGUAGGAUGUGUAGGAGGGGGCGCGUUCGAGUAUAUCCGCUCGUCCCGGGCCAGUGAAGCCUCUGUGAGGAACCGGCGGAUGCAACGCGCCUACGACACUGCCUCAUUACGUGCCGACGACCACUCUACUAUCGGCGCAAUAUUGUGUGCGGUUCUGACACCGGCAAUCCUCUGGAACAGAGCGAGCACGGUGAACUUGGUGCUUGGUGGUGCUGGGAUCGGUUCUGCUACUGGGCUCCUGACACACUACGGACGAACAGUGACAGGUGAUAUAGUCCCCACAAAUUCCCGAGAUUCAUCGUGAAGCAUAAUCCCUUCCAUCGGACAAUUGACAGUUUGGUCGAACAGGCAGCCCCACUACCCUGCAGACAUGCCCGCAAGUGAUAAAACCUAUAAUACAUGGCACCCAAAAACCCC